GAUGGCAUCGUUUCGUAAGAAUCACGUCAUUAUUGAUUCCUCAGACUCGUCGGAAGACGAGGAUCGCAAGGAAAGACACAGCUCCUCAUCUGAAGUCGAUGAAACAGCUUCAAUGAGAUCAACUGAUAGCUCCGAGCCGCCCAGGACAAUUAUUGAUGCCUCUCUGAAUUCCAUGGCUUCAACCGUGUACACAUCAACUCCAAACUCCAAGCAGAGCAUCUCCAGAACCGGUUCCUCCACCACCUACGGGAGCUCUAAAUGCUCCACAGACGAUCACUAUCGUUCGAGAAGCUUCAUUGACAACAGCUUCGAAAAACCAGUGACCCCGAUCACCAAGAAGCUACAGGAAUCCGAUGAGCCCCGCGCAAAGCAGCAGCUCCGUGAGCGGCUCCUCAGAAAAUCCAUCAAACAGCAAUCGGAUCAAGAUCUGACAGGUGGCUCAUCGCGAAGUGGAUGGGGAACUGGUGAAAAUAGCAGUCUUGAAAGCAGUGAUCUCAUAAAUUCGCAUUUUUCGCCAAUUGCGAAGACGUUCCGGCAUGCUUCCGAUUUGGAUGAUUCAAUGAAUACCUCUCCGCCGCCAAACCGUUCAACUCUUCCCUCGGUUGAAACAAGUUCUGGAAAUUCUCCACAAACACCGUAUCCAGGUUCUCCUGAAGCUUCUCCUCAACCGUCUCCUCCAAAAAAUACUGCUUCAGAGCUCCAAAAGUUGAGCAUAAAAGAGCUGGAAGCAAACAAAGAUAAAAAGUUGAAACUUUUGAAGUUUUCAUCGAAUUUGCCGGACAAUGGAGCACGUGUGAAGCUACAAGUUGAUGAAAUUACUGAAGAAAUUGAACGAAGAAUUAUCAAUGGAGUGACGGAUACCAUGGUGGUAGACAAAACCACGGCUAUUCCCCCGCCACCACAGCCAAAAAACUUGAUUGCUCCAAUUCCACAGGAUUUCGCGGCGAUGUUGGACAAGAAUGGGCGAAAAGUGAUGAGCGGGCGGAUGACAGAGCAGAAAAUUCUCAAAGUCAAUAAGAUUUCCGAUCGAUUGAUGCAACAGCUCGCCGACGCAACUCACACAAUCCCAGCUGAAACAGACCUCACGGACACACCCGACGGGCUCCUCGUCGAGCUAAUGCCUCACCAAAAAGCAGGGCUUCGCUGGCUUGUCUGGCGUGAGGGUCAACCACAUUCGGGUGGGAUCCUCGCAGACGAUAUGGGUCUUGGCAAGACUUUAUCAAUGUUAUCAUUGAUUGUGCAUCAGAAGGCAGCGAGAAGAGCACGGAAAGAGUCUGGAGAUAAUGCCGCGGAUAAGGAGAAGAGAAGAGUGGCAAAAGAAGAAGGAUUGUAUCCAUCAAAUGGCACAUUAAUCAUUGCACCAGCUUCACUUAUUCACCAAUGGGAAGCUGAAAUCAAUCGAAGACUCGAAUCAGAUUUGCUUUCCGUUUUUAUGUUCCAUGGAACAAAGAAACAGAGACAAAUUGAGCCAAAGGAGCUUGCAAGAUAUGAUGUCGUCAUCACCACGUACACAUUGGCAGCCAAUGAGCUUAUGGAGAAAAAGGCGGCUGGAUCCAAGAAAGAGGAAGAUUCCGACGAUGAAUCAGAGAACGAAGAAAAUCCCCGUCGCCCUGCUGGCAAAAACGACUCCCCUCUUGCUCGUGUCGCUUGGUCCCGUGUGAUUCUCGACGAGGCUCAUGCCAUCAAAAAUCGUCUCUCCCAAUGUUCAAAAGCAGUGUGCCGGCUCUCAUCAUUCUCGCGUUGGUGUCUCUCGGGUACUCCGAUUCACAAUAACCUAUGGGAUUUGUACAGUCUCGUGAGGUUUUUGCGUAUCCCGUUGUUCGGCGAUCGGAAGUUCUGGGCCGAAUCAAUUAUGCCAAUGAAGACUGGAAUGGCGGAUCGUGUGAAUUUGCUGACGAAAAAUUUGAUGCUCAGAAGAACUAAGGAUCAGCAGUGCGCUCUGACCAAUAAGAAAAUUGUAAACUUGAAAGAAAAGAAAAUCGAGAUCCAUGAGUUGGAGAUGGUUGGAGAUGAAGCCAAUGGCUAUGCAAUUAUGAUGGAGGCGGCACAAAAGCUUGUUAAGCAAAUCGUCACUAAUACUGAUGAUAUUCAAAAGUACGGUCAGAUUCGUAGACGCAGACAACGAGGAAAUGAUGAUGAAUUCGCGAACCCGUACAACGUCGGGCCACGGAACUUGGCGGGAAACUCGAAUUUCCAGAAUAUGUCAUGCAUUUUGUUGUUGCUGAUGCGUCUUCGUCAAGCGUGUGUUCACUUUCAUAUCACCAAAAGCGGAAUGGACUUGGACGCAUUCAAGAUUAACGGAGGAGACGACGAGGAUGCUGAUAUGAAAGAGUUGGAGAAUCUUAUGGAGAAGACAAUGGCGGAUUUGACGAUUGCCGAUAGUGAUAAUGAUGAGGAAGGCGUCGAUACAAAUAAGGAGGAGCCAAAACAACCACCCACGCGAAUCUUUGAGCCCGAUUUCAUUAGCUGCAAGAUGGCCAAAACGCUGGAAGUUGUUCGUGAAAUUUUGGAGAAGAAGGAGAAAGUUGUGAUUGUCUCCCAGUGGACUUCUGUGCUGAAUCUUGUGGAAAAGCAUAUUCAAGCAGGCGGCCACAACUAUACAUCAAUCACCGGCCAGGUUCUUGUCAAAGAUCGCCAAGAACGAGUUGACAGUUUCAACCAGGAAAAAGGCGGAGCUCAGGUGAUGCUGCUCUCAUUGACUGCCGGAGGUGUUGGACUCAAUUUGAUUGGAGGAAAUCAUCUGAUUAUGGUUGAUUUGCACUGGAAUCCCGCACUGGAACAGCAGGCUUGUGACAGAAUUUAUCGAAUGGGACAGAAGAAGGAAGUCUUUAUUCAUAGAUUAAUCGUGAAGGGGACCAUCGAGCAACGAGUCAUGGAUCUCCAGGAGAAGAAGCUCGCAUUGGCAGCUUCGGUGUUGGAAGGAACAGCGACCCGAAAAUUGAACAAGCUCACCACCGCCGACAUUCGUAUGCUCUUUGGACUAGACGGAUCGAGCAAUGCGAAUUAAUUUUUUCUUUUUUUCAAACCAUUCCCCCCCCCCCCCCUCUUUUCGCCAGAUUGUUUCCCAAAAAGUCUGGAUUUUUAACUUUUUUUGUAGCUUAAAAUGUAGGAUAGAAGGAAUUUUAGCUCUCCUCUGGUAGAAUGAUAUUUUUUACGUGUAUGCCAUCCCGACCUCAGCAGCUCGUAUUUUUUCUUCUUUUAUAAAAUAGUAUUGAUUUAAAUGAAUGUGU